AUGGAGGACCGCCGGUUGCCGGACAUGAAACAAAGACUCGAUAUUGCUAUUGUCGGCGCAGGUAUCUCUGGUAUCAAUGCUGCAUAUCGGAUUCAAAGCGCAUUUCCAGACUACAGCUAUGCUGUUCUUGAAUCUCGUGACAGCAUCGGUGGAACGUGGGAUCUCUUCAAGUACCCAGGAAUCCGCUCUGACUCGGACCUCUUCACUUUCGGAUUUCAAUGGCAUCCGUGGAACCAGCAGAACCCCAUUGCAGAAGGUCCGGCCAUCAAGAAGUACCUACAUGAUGCCGUUGCACAACACAGCAUCGAUAAGCACAUUCUCCUGAAGCACCACCUAAAAACUGCCUCCUGGUCAUCUGUGGAUCAACGGUGGACGCUCCAAAUCGACAACAAUGGAUCCUCCAAAAUAUACUCUGCCCGUUUCGUUAUCUUCGGAACAGGAUAUUACGACUAUCGCGAACCUCUCCGUGUCCAGAUUCCAGAUCUUCAAACUUUCAAAGGUCCAGUAAUCCAUCCGCAAUUCUGGCCUGAAGAUAUGGAUUAUACCGACAAGAGAGUCACCGUGAUCGGCAGUGGUGCCACAGCCGUUACUCUUGUGCCCAAAUUGGCCGAAAGGGCGGCACAUACGACUAUGCUUCAACGCAGUCCCACUUAUAUCAUGUCCGUUCCCAACGCAAAAUCCGGAUCGUUGCUCAGCCGUUUAAUUCCAAGCCGGGUUGCCAGCAAGCUCAUACGAAUUAAUUGGAUUAUUACGCCGCGCCUCUUCUUUCUUUUUUGCCGACGGUUUCCAAAUGCAGCGCGUUGGAUCAUCCGGAAGGAAACCAUUUCGCAGCUGCCUAGUCAUAUCCCGUUUGAUCCGCACUUCAACCCUCGGUAUAACCCCUGGGAUCAGAGAGUGUGCCUGUGUCCUGAUGGGGACUUUUUUAAGGCUUUACACACAGGACGUGUCGAGGUAAAAACUGGGACCAUCAAGGCCAUAACAGAGACUGGCAUCCAGCUCGACUCAGGUGAUUUCAUUGGAACUGAUAUCAUUGUGACCGCCACGGGACUAAAACUCCAAGCUGCGGGUGGGGUGGCCAUCGACAUCGACGGCCAGCCAUUUGACCUAGCCAACAAAUUUCUCUGGAACGGAGUUAUGCUGCAAGAUCUUCCUAAUGCAGCUUACGUGAUUGGAUACACCAAUGCCUCUUGGACGCUGGGUGCGGACGCGACGGCUCACUAUGUUGUCAGAUUGCUUAAGCGUCUUGAUAAGAAAGGUUAUACUGCAGCCGUGCCUAGAAUGGGGAAUGGAGAGAAGUUGAAAGAGACGCAGCUGCUAAAUCUUAAGUCGACCUACAUCGCGGCGGCAGAAAGGAGUUUACCAAAGGUGGCGGAAACGGCGCCGUGGCAGCCUCGAGAUAAUUAUGUCUCGGAUUAUAGAUUUGCUAAGUAUGGUAGGUUUGACGAUGAGACGUUGGAAUUAAUUAGGGAGCCCAGAAUGAAGAUAGUGGCUUAG